AUGGAGGGAGAAGGGGGAGAUGCAGAAGUUGAGCACGUUCUUCUCCACCUGUUUCCUUGUGAUAUUUCAUUCCAUCCACUUCUCCCAUUUGAGUAUCCUGCCAGGACGCCGGCUGACCUCAGAGCUCUCUGCGCGUCGUACAAGCGCGUGCAUCUCUUCCUCGGCAACGGGCCAAGGCUGCAGUACGAGGAUGUCGAGCAGGUCUGGCAGAACUUGACUCCCGUCCUCCGAGAACUCGACGAGGAGGCUGGGGGACCGCAACAUUGGCUUGCGGUGUUCGGGGGCGACUCCGAUGUCGGGUACGGAGACCCUGCAGGGUACGACAUGGGGAGGGUGAUGGCAAUGCUGCGAGAGCGGAGGGGAACCAAGCUGCUGGCUGUGGUUGGGUGGGACGACGUUGAUGCUCACGUGGACUUCGCAUACAAGUGCUCGACGACAAACUGUUUCUGUAUCAUCUCAAGCCUACUCAGGUACAAUAUCGAGAUCGAUGAGGACGGGAAGGAGCUCUAUGGAGGACUGCUCGGUUGCUGCCUUGUGCUCACUCGUCCUCCUGACCUUGUGGUCUACAAGAAUCCGGACGUGCGGUGGGAGGGACUGGGGUCUACCUGGGCGAUGAAUGGAGGAGGGAAGGAUGGCCGUCCUCGGUCAUCGCAGUUGGAGCUGGAGGGCGGGUGGGCAAGGUUGAGAUCGCCUACGCUGAAAGCAAGGGGAUUCCUGUACGACGAGUGGAAGCCCAAGCUCGUUCGCGCUUCUGAGCUGAAGCACAAGUGA